GUUUAAGCCUCCACCAUACUCACCGCCGACGCCGUAUCAUCCUCUCGUGCCACUACCUCGAAAAUGUCUCUUUGGGUCGACAAGCACCGGCCACGCACCCUCGAUGACCUGCACUAUCACGCCGGUCUAUCCGCUCGCUUGCGCGCAUUGGCGGCCUCCGGAGACUUUCCGCACGUGCUCUUUUAUGGGCCUUCUGGUGCGGGCAAGAAGACUCGCAUUGCAUGCACGUUGAGGGAGCUGUUCGGCAAGGGCGCCGACAAGCUCAAGAUUGACCAACGUGUGUUCAUGACACCAACUAGAAGGAAACUGGAUGUGAACCUCGUGCAAAGCAACUACCAUAUCGAGAUCACUCCAAGCGAAGUCGGAAAUUACGACCGAGUGGUGAUCCAAGAACUCCUGAAGGAGAUCGCCCAAACCCAGCAAAUAGACUUGAAUGCGAAGCAACGCUUCAAAGUGGUUGUGAUCAACGAAGCCGAUUCCUUGACUCGCGAUGCACAAGCAGCCCUGCGGCGAACGAUGGAGAAAUACAUGUCGAACCUGCGCAUCAUCCUCUGCGCGAACUCAACGAGCCGUCUGAUCGCUCCCAUCAAGAGUCGAUGUUUGCUCGUGAGGAUCGCAUCGCCGACGGCAGAAGAGAUGGAGAAUGUGCUACGCUAUGUCGGGAGAAAGGAGGGGUUCGACAUUCCUGACAAGGUUGCUCGCGACAUCGUGGAGGACGCAAAUGGCAACAUGCGAAAAGCUGUGCUUGUGCUCGAGGCUUUGAAGAUGCAAUCCACCGACCUCGACAAGCCGAUCACCAUCGCAAAACCUGACUGGGAGACCUAUUGUCAGAAGGUCGCAGAUAUGAUCGUGCAAGAGCAGUCACCAGCGCGUGUGAUGGAAGUGCGGGCGAAGCUGUAUGAGCUGUUGAGCCAUUGCAUACCGGCAACAGUGGUGCUCAAGACAAUUGCAGACCAAGUGGUAGAGCAAGUCGACGAAAGCCUCAAAGCGGACAUCAUGCAUUGGGCAGCGAUAUAUGAGGUCCGCAUGCGAGUAGGCAACAAGAAGAUCUUCCAUCUCGAGGCGUGGGUUGUCAAGGUGAUGAGUUUGUAUAAGCAUUUCUUCUAUGGUAUAGACCUGUCGGAAUUUGAUGAUUAGGAAUGAUUGCCGGUGUGCUUCGUUUCCUCUGUUGUACUAUUAGCGGUAUUGUAUGACUAGCCGGACAUUGUCGAACGGGUGACGAUACCCGGAUGGCCACCCAGCUAUUACCGUGUGGCUUGCGGCUCUCGACGGCAGCCCGAUGUGGUGCGUCGACUUGCUAUACUGUGUUGUGCUUACGAAUGCCCGAAGUCAGUUGCC